CUGUUUUCACAUGCUAUGUAGUGCGGGAGUGUGCGGUUCUGGACGUGGCCUAAAGUCAUCGAACUCCAGGAGCCACUUCCAAAUACAGAACUCGUGCGUAAGUGGGAGUUUAUAGAUGACGGGAUGUCCACAAACUCUCCGUGAAUGCGGUGUAGAAAAAUACACGUUUAGUGCCCAGGAAAACAAUCAAAUCAGCAUAGUAAAGGUUAUACUUUUCUAAAUGUGAUCAUGAUCAAGUUCCUGCUGAUGGUGAAUAAGCAGGGCCAGACUCGCCUGUCUAAGCAUUAUGAGCAUGUUGACACGGGGAAGAGAGCUGCUCUGGAGGCCGACGUGGUCAAGGCCUGUCUGUUCAGGAAGAAAGACGAGUGCUCAUUUGUGGAGUAUAAGGACUACAAGCUGGUGUAUCGGCAGUAUGCAGCUCUUUUCAUAGUAGUUGGCAUCACUGACAAUGAAAAUGAACUCUCCAUUUAUGAGCUUGUCCACAACUUUAUUGAAGUGCUUGACAAGUACUUCAGUCGUGUGAGUGAAUUAGAUAUAAUGUUUAAUUUGGACAAAGUACACAUCAUUCUUGAUGAGAUGAUCCUAAACGGACACAUCGUGGAGACCAACAAGAACCGCAUACUUGCACCACUGCUGGCCUUAGACAAGAUGGCAGAAGGAUGAAUGAAGGAGCUGCACUUAGGAAGCAUGAACUGUAUGAUCAGGAACAUGCACUGUUUAAAUAUUCAGUAACGAUUUCUUCAUCGUGUUGGUCUUUAGAAAUAGUGGCUUUAACUACAGUCAAGACAUUUUAUUAGGUAGAGUAUACUGUAGGUGCUGUUGCUGUGCACAAUUCGUCAGCCCCUCUGUACCCUAUCCAUUGCAUCAUUAGCCCGCACAGUUGAACUGUAUUUGUUCAUAGAACACGCUAAACAUUACGUGGUUCUAUAUGUUCAUGAAACUUGACAACUCAAAGCUUAUGACUAAAAUACAAGCACCUGAAUGGAGAACACAGCACUAAUCAUACUUUGCAAACAUUUUAAUGAUUAUUUUGGAGCAUACACAUUUGAAAAUAUUUGUUUACUUCAAACUGCAACUUGUGUUAAAUAAAUGUUUAUAAUAUACAAAGAAAAUACAAGGAGAAGCAUAGCUUUUCAUUUUUUCCUUUUCCAAAUGUGCCUUGCACACAACCAGUGUUUUUGUCGCUAUAGCUUUAUUGUAAAAUUACACAAAUGCACUCAGGGAGUCUGAUAAUUUUAGCAGGGUGAUGAAUAUUUGAAACAUACACAGUAACAGCUAGGAGAUGAAGAAAAGAAAAUAGAAGAGGAAGUAAGUGGGGAAAAAACAGCAUAUGGAUGGAUGUUGCUCGCAAAACAAAAACAAGGGGGGAAAAAAACUAAAUAUUUCAAACAAGGCAAGCACUAAUAAAACUUAAAACCAGGGAAAAAAAAAAUGUCCAAACACUUGACAGUUAGCUCUACAGAAGCAGGUGCUUGCGUGCUCCUCUUGGGGAAACGGGGCUGGUGUGUGUACAGUCAUCUGAAAAGAAAACCUAUGCUGAACUUUAGACACGCUUUCGGAGCUGGGGUGUGAGUAAACGGAGGAGUACUGCCCUUGGCUACUAGCGGCUCAAGUCCUUAAUGCAGUGCAGUCCCACCAAGAAGUUUAAAAUGGGGUAACAUGGGCUGCAGACAUGACCUUAAUCUGUUUCAGUAGCUAGUGGAGCUGAGAUGGGCUUCCUUUCGCUUACAUAUGUAAACGUAGGCUCUUUUGACAAAGGAGAGAAAAUCAUGGGCGAGCACAGCUUUUGUAUUUUUUUUUUUCUGCAACAAAACACGACAGGCUUCAUCAACACAUGUAGUUGGUCAUCGGUGCAGGGAGCAUGCUCAGUUCAGGUGGAAGCCCUUUUCCAUGG